AUGACGCAUCAGGUCUCCGACACCGUCGUGGAGCCUUACAAUUCCGUGCUCUCCGUGCACAUUCUUAUUGAGAACACAGACAUCACAUUCUGCAUCGACAACGAAGCGUUGUAUGACAUCUGCUUCCGCACACUGAAGCUCACGUGUCCGACAUUUGGUGACCUCAACCAUUUGGUCUCCGUCACCAUGUCGGGAGUUACCACGUGCCUUCGCUUCCCUGGCCAGCUCAACGCCGAUUUACGAAAACUAGCAGUCAAUAUGGUGCCCUUCCCUCGCCUCCACUUCUUCGUCCCCGGCUUCGCACCGCUCACAUCGCGAGGAAGCCAGCAGUACCGCUGCCUCACCGUGCCAGAACUCACCCAGCAGAUGUUCGACGCCAAGAAUAUGAUGGCGGCGUGCGACCCGCGCCACGGCCGCUACCUCACAGCGGCCGCCAUGUUCCGAGGCCGCAUGUCAGUCAAGGAAGUGGACGAGCAGAUGCUCAACGUGCAAAACAAGAACAGCAGUUACUUCGUGGAGUGGAUUCCAGACCACAUAAAAACGGCCGUCUGCGAUAUCCCGCCUCGAGGUUUGAAGAUGUCUGUUACGUUCAUGGGAAACACGACCGCAGUCGUUGAGGUGUUCAAACGCAUGACGGAACAGUUCACGGCUAUGUUCCGUCGCAAGGCCUUCUUGCACUGGUACUUGGGUGAGGGCAUGGACGAGAUGGAGUUCACGGAGGCCGAGUCGAACUUAAACGACUUGAUUUCGGAGUAUCAGCAGUACCAAGAAGCUGGAGGAGAAGAGGAGGGAGAAUUCGGUGGGGAAGAAGGAGGAGAGUAA